ACUCGUUCCCGCUGAUUGGCGGGCAGAUCCAAGAUGGCGGCGAACAUGGUGCGGCGGAGCGGAUGGGGCUCGGCGAAAAGGCUUGGGCUGAUGGCCUGCCGGAGAUACAGCGGCGGCGGAGGCAUUGGCGGCGCCUACCCGAACGUCCCCUUGACGGCUCCUCUCCCCGGAUCCCCGAAACCGGUCUUCGCGACCCUAGACGGCCAGGAAGGGUUCGAGACCAAAGUCACCACUUUGGAGAACGGGCUUCGUGUUGCGUCGCAAAACAAGUUUGGACAGUUUUGCACCGUCGGGAUCCUCAUCAAUUCGGGAUCGCGAUAUGAAGCCAAGUACCUUGGUGGGAUUUCCCACUUUCUGGAAAAGCUGGCUUUUUCUUCUACUGCUCAAUUUGGCAGCAAGGAUGAGAUCCUCCUCACUUUGGAGAAACACGGCGGCAUCUGUGACUGUCAGGCCUCCAGGGACACCACCAUGUAUGCGGUUUCGGCCGAAACGCGGGGCCUGGACACUGUGGUCAGUCUGCUGGCCGACGUGGUGCUGCAGCCCAGGCUUUCAGAUGAGGAGAUCGAAAUGAGCCGCAUGGCAGUCCGCUUUGAGCUGGAGGACCUGAACAUGAGGCCCGACCCGGAGCCGCUGCUCACGGAGAUGAUCCACGCGGCGGCUUACCGGGAAAACACGGUGGGCCUGAACAGGUUCUGCCUGCCAGAGAACAUUGACCGAAUGGACCGAAAGGUCCUCCAUUCCUACCUGAGGAACUACUACACGCCGGACAGGAUGGUGCUGGCUGGAGUGGGCAUCGAACACGAGCAGCUAGUGGAAUGCGCCAGGAAGCACCUGCUGGGUGUGGAGCCCGUUUGGGGCGGAGGAAAGGCCCCCGACGUGGACCGCUCCGUGGCACAAUACACAGGAGGCAUCCUCAAGCUGGAGAAGGACAUGUCGGACGUGAGUUUGGGUCCCACCCCGAUCCCGGAGUUGACCCACGUCAUGAUUGGGCUGGAGAGCUGUUCCUUCCUGGAGGAAGACUUCAUCCCCUUCGCGGUCCUGAACAUGAUGAUGGGCGGAGGGGGCUCCUUCUCCGCCGGGGGUCCCGGCAAAGGCAUGUUCACCCGGCUGUACCUCAAUGUGCUGAACCGACAUCACUGGAUGUAUAAUGCAACGUCAUACCAUCACAGCUAUGAGGACACAGGCCUGCUUUGCAUCCAUUCUAGUGCAGAUCCCAGGCAGGUUAGAGAAAUGGUGGAAAUCAUCACCCGGGAAUUCACUCUCAUGGCGGGAACCGUGGGAGAGGUCGAACUGGAACGAGCCAAGACUCAGCUGCAGUCCAUGCUGAUGAUGAACCUGGAGUCGCGGCCAGUGAUCUUCGAGGAUGUCGGGAGGCAGGUCCUGGCCACCGGAGGACGGAAACUGCCCCACGAGCUCUGCCUUCUGAUCGGUGAGGCAAUCCUUUGGGUGAUGAGGCUGCCCUGAGAGCAGGGGCCCUCA